AAGGGGCCCCAGCGUCUGUCCACUCUACCCCUAGGCCUCACUUACCGCACUAGGCGGAACACAGCUCUCAGAGUCCGCGGGCUCAGCGCCCUAGCCCGGCCUCGGUGCCAGCCUAGUGCCCGGGGCGGGGCCUUGGCCCAGGUGAGCAGCGGCGGCGGCGGCGGCGGCGGCGCUUCGCGGAGGCAGGAAGUGUGUCCCCAGCGGCGGCCCGUGCAGCGCUCCCGCGAGACGCUUACCUGCACCCCAGGUGUCUGGCUACAGCAAACCAUGUAAUGAGCCAUGCCCCGCCCUGGACACCCCCGCCCAUCAUCUGGGCCCCCACGCUUGGGACCCUGGGAGCGGCCAACAGAGCUAUGUUUGGAGACCUAUGAUGAGCCAUCUCAGCCCCCACCAAGCCGCCGCACUAGGAGGCCAGACCCCAAGGAUCCUGGCCACCAUGGGCCCGAGAGCCUUACCUUCAUCUCCGGCUCUGCUGAGCCUGCUGCUGAGCCCCCAGCAUGCUGCCUGCUUUGGCGACCUUGGGUGUGGGACUGGUGCCUGGCUGCCUUCUGCUUCCGCCGCUGCCGGGAUUGCCUCCAGCGCUGUGGAGCCUGUGUACGGGGCUGCAGCCCUUGUUUGUCCACCGGGGACUCCCCUGAUGGGGCUGCCGAAGCCAACUGGGCGAAGGAGCACAAUGGAGUGCCCCCCAGUCCCGACCGUGCACCCCCCAGCCGGCGGGAUGGCCAGCGGCUCAAGUCAACCAUGGGUAGCAGCUUCAGCUACCCUGAUGUCAAGCUCAAAGGCAUCCCUGUAUACCCCUAUCGCAGUAACACUGCCCCGGCCCCUGAUGCGGACUCCUGCUGCAAGGAGCCACUGACCGAACCCCCACCCAUGCGGCACAGCCUGCCGAGCACCUUUGCCAGCAGCCCCCGGGGCUCUGAGGAGUACUACUCUUUCCAUGAGUCGGACCUGGACCUACCUGAGAUAGGCAGUGGCUCCCUGUCGAGCCGAGAGAUCGAUGUGCUUAUCUUCAAGAAGCUGACAGAGUUGUUCAGUGUACACCAGAUUGACGAGCUGGCCAAGUGCACGUCAGACACUGUGUUCCUGGAGAAGACCAGUAAGAUCUCAGACCUUAUCAACAGCAUCACCCAGGAUUACCACCUGGAUGAGCAGGAUGCUGAGGGUCGCCUGGUACGCGGCAUCAUUCGCAUCAGUACCCGAAAGAGCCGUACCCGCCCGCAGACCACAGAGGGGCGCUCAACCCGGGCUGCUGCCCCUGCUGCCAUGGCCCCUGACAGUGGCCAUGAGACCAUGGUGGGCUCUGGGCUCAGCCAGGAUGAACUCACAGUGCAGAUCUCCCAGGAGACGACUGCAGAUGCCAUCGCCAGGAAGCUGAGGCCUUUUGGAGCCCCAGGAUACCCAGCCAGCCACGACUCAUCCUUCCAGGGCACCGACACAGACUCCUCAGGGGCACCCCUGCUCCAGGUGUACUGCUAACCCCCGCUGGGCCCAGUGGCGCAACCUCUUCUGAGAGAAGCACAGCCUGCAGAAUGAAGAGGGGGACCAGGACCCCCUUUGGGAGGCAGAGUCCACUCUGGCUCCUCCAGCCUUGGCUGACUGGUUCCUGGACCACGUGCAUUUCACUGGGCCAUGGUGCCCACACUGCCCUGGACCCCCAGCUGGCCUGACCUGUCCCUUUCUUCAGGGGGUCCAGGGGCCAUGGAAAGCAGACUUAGGAAUUACCUUCUGGGAUUGACUCUCUGCUCUACCCCUAUAACCUGCCAUCCUAACCAAUCAUGCAGACUUCCCCCUCCCUGUGAGGGGGGAGAGGAUGACAGCUAAGAGCAGUUUAUCUUAAAUGGAUUGUUAGGGGGCAAGAGGGCCUCUGUUGAAUUCUGUGGGCAGUGCCUACUCCAUGUUUCAUUCUGUUGAGCAGUUUGUUUCUUCACUGAUGUUCUACAUGCUAACAUGACCAAGUUACAAGGACCUAGAAAAUAAAGCUGUCUACCUUA